GACGGCAGCUGGUGGAAGCCGAAGGAACAAAGCGCACAUUUCGUUGGCGGUCAUAAAAGUGACAGCACAAACAGCCCCUCAUACAUCCCCACGAUAUUUCCAGACGCGUAUCGGCAAAGAACGAGGGACCUGCUGUGUGCACGGGGAAGGCACGAAAGGUUCGAUUCUAUCCAGUCGCUCGCCAGUCAGCUGAGAUGGAUGCUGCUUUUGGUGCAACGGUGGAGGAAGCCAUUGAGGGUCGCCGAGAGAAGCUGCACCAAUUGAGCCGGUUCCUCUGGGAAAAUCCGGAAUUGGCGCUAGAAGAAGUAAAGGCACACAACUACCUGACAGACUUUCUGCAAUCUGAAGGAUUCUCGGUGCAAAGAAACUAUCUGCUGCCAACAGCGUUCCGAGCCGAAUACUGUGGGAAAGCAGAGCCAGGUACUAAGGGCGGUCCCAUAGUAGCCAUUCUGUGUGAGUACGAUGCCCUUCCAGAUAUCGGCCACGCCUGCGGGCAUAAUCUGAUCGCCGAGUGCGCCGUAGCUGCAGGGGUCGCUAUCAUGGAAGUGCUACGCAAGGACAACACGCUGCCUGGAAGGGUGGUUGUCUUGGGUACUCCAGCAGAAGAGAAUUGUGGAGGCAAAGAGCUGCUUAUCCGAAAAGGGGCGUUCGAAGAUAUCCAUGUGGCUAUGAUGGCACAUCCGGGAAAGACUAAUGGCCUGAAGCAUGCUUUUCUGGCCAAGCAUCAGUUGACGGUGAGAUUCGUCGGGAGGACAGCACACGCGAGUGCGUCUCCCUGGGACGGAGUGAACGCUCUGGACGCUGCUGUCAUCGCUUAUAUGAACAUCUCUCUGCUCAGGCAGCAACUGAAGCCCACGUGGAGAGUGAGUGGCGUGUUUAUCCGAGCUGGCAAGUAUCCCAACAUCAUACCCGAAGAAAGCGAGCUCAAGUACCACCUGCGCGCUCCCAACAUGGAUGAGCUGGAUAUUCUACGGACCAAAGUAGAAUCAUGCUUUCACUCAGCCGGCGGUGCCACAGGAUGCAGCGUGCAAAUAGAGAGAGGAACCACGUACAAGCACAUGAUAAACAAUAUCAGUCUGGUUCAAGUGUUUCAGGGAUACGCAGAACAGAUGGGUGUAAGCUUCGAAGACCCUGAUCCUGGCCUUCUUCUAACCACGGGAGCAUCUACCGAUGCGGGUAACGUAUCGCACACCGUUCCCUGCAUCCAUCCGACUUUCAGGCUCAACUCGGUCGGUGGUAACCACACCAGGGACUUCCAGCAGGCCGCUGGAGCGGAUGAGUCUCAGCCCUUGACAAGAACGGUGGCCAAGGCGCUCGCACUCACGGCUAUUCGGGUGAUGCGAGACACGAAGCUGCUGGAGGAGGCUAGAACAGAAUUUCAGAACUCCGUAGAUAGGGAUGUGUGAACAUUGAUCACUGAACUGCGUCUGUUUGUGUGGCUAGUGUAGCGAGGUAUCAUAUCGCGUCAGACUAAUGGGAAGUAGCGUCGCAUGACGAUGUGGAAGAGUUUGUGUUCGCGGCUGGGCUUUGUACGCUGUUUUCUUUUUUCACGAAGAUAAUCAGAUGUUCAAAUUGUUUUCAAUCACAGUACGGAAAAUCGCACGAUGUUGUUAUGCGUACACUCUUAAAAAUGAUCUUCACCUCAUAACACGUUCCUAGCCAACCAUUAUCUCGAAUGAUAUCGUUAUCUGCCCUGA